GAUUGGAAUCAAUGAUAAGACUAGCCCAAGGUGAUACAAACAUACACCGUUGAUUGUGCCAUUGUACAUGCUGUACUAACUGACUUUUACAAGAUUAGCGUGCCCCAAAAUUGCGUAGCUUGGAUAAUACAUCUCGGUACAAGUGGAAGUGUAUACUCCAAUUCCGCUCCCUUCUUCGGGCCCACAUCCGCUUCCGGAUCCCGAUCCAGAUCCACUUCCAGAUCCACUUCCAGAUCCACUUCCUCCGUUUAGCUCUACGCUGCUAGGAUCUAUUUCAGUUGCCAUCUCGAAUAGAACCUCCAAUCUGUUGUCUUCACCCGGUUCCAUUGUCACCUUAUCGCGAGCAUCGAUUCGGAAAACAGUGGGCUCGUCGGAAAAGAAAAAGUCGUCGGUGGGGUAAUCCACCGCAGAGCAAAUUAACAAAAUGCUCGUCACAACAAUCACAACGACGAUGUUGAUGUAUUUUUCAGCUUGGAAAAGAAUUUGUUACCGCUGAUGCCAAUUCACACAAACUUCCAACUGAUUGGCCCAUUGCAUUUUAUUUCAACGGUUUUCCCAUUUUAAGGAAUGAAAUUGCUGAUAAAACUGGACAGAUGGCGAAACUUUGGUGGUGCGUCGUGUUGAUUGUAGUGUCCAUUGCAAUUUUGGCUGAAUCGUCGUCAACGACAAAGAGGCCCAAGUCGCGCAAAGCUCCAUUAAACAGAAAUUUAGCGCAACAACCCAGCAGUUCUAGGAGAGUUGCUUCGAGUAGUUUGGCCAGAAAAGCUCCCAGUUCUCAACGAUCAAUGCCGUCGCUCAGAGCCCCCACUGCCAAUGCAACUUCUGCCGUCAGACGAAAUCCCGCAUCGCUCCAGGCAUCUCAGGAUUUGGGAUUUCAAGCCAGUCCAGUUGAUCGUUCUCGCCUGAAGGAGGAUAUGGCUGCAUUAGGUUUGAGUCUAAAUCCGGAAGAUAACAGCAUUAACGUCAUGGGGCCAUCGGAUGCCGGAAGAAAACCUCCACAGCGUCCCCCAGCGCUCGUACAGCGCCCAAACCAACCACUUCCCAAUUCUUACAACGAUUAUGAAGAUCUGUUGUUUGAUGACUAUGACCAGCCAUUGCAAGACAACAAACUCUUAGCGGAAUCAUCAUCUUCUGGAAAAUUUCUCAAAUCAGAAGUGUGUGGUCGCAAAUUUGUCUGCCAGCGAGGCAAUCGGGGCCCGUGUCAUCGUAAUGAAGUUUUCAUUCCUCAACUGAACGAUUCAAGUUUGGUAAUUACCCGUCCAUCCUGCGGCAAUUUGGUAUCGUAUCCGUGGAACGGUUGCAUGUCAGCUGGAAAAGUCGGAGUGGCAGCAACAAAUUCCGUUGUGGGCGGUGGAUGUGCCGUUCGCUUUCCACAAAGGCCUUGCUAUGGAUAUCCACCAAAUUAUCGUUUUUACGGGGAGUCUAAGCGUUGCUAUCCUGUCUCCAUGGGGUGGGAGACCGGUAUGACGAAUUCAGGUCCAUGCUCUUUAAAUAAACUAUAUACUGAUAUUGAUGGAAUAAAUGGCAUGUGUCAAUGCCGCGAUCGUAAUCAGCUCUUAUUCAAGGGAGACGAUAGGUGCCACCGUAUCUAUGCCAAGGGUCCUUGUGAUGAUGGUCAAUGGCUUGAGCCGGAUACCAACGGCUAUGGUACCUGCCGCCCGUCUCCUUGCCCAGAAAGCAAGUGCGACGGUCGCCACAUCUACUGGAAGUCGACACCAAACUCUGAAGGUGGCUGUUAUAAGUCGUUCACACGUGGACCUUGCAGGCGAGGCAGCUAUUUCCUCGUUGAGGAUUAUGGCACUCGAAGAGGUCGAUGUGUUUCUCAAUUUGGAUCAUCAUUCAAUCCUAUGAAUCCUUACGUCCUUCCGCCACGCUAUCCCGUGAUGAGAAACCCUUACGACAUGAUGUACGCUAACAACGCGAUGAGCCCUUGGUCGAAAUUUGGCAUGUAUCCGCCGUUUGGCAUGCAGGAAGAAUAUGGCGGAGAUGACUAUGAUGACAUUCCCAGUUUUGAUUACUAAAGUAAAAUAGUUUUAUAGAACCAUUCACAUAGUUUUGUCUCAGUUUUAUUUCAUUUUUAAAAUGCAAUUGCAGAUUGUUUUUUACCCGCCAUACGUUUCAAUAGAAGAUCUUAAUUAGAUAUGUUCAAAUAAAUGAAUUUAUUAGCCAA